UCAGCGAUGGAACUAGGCUAGGACGAAACACCGCAAUUUCCAGUCAAUUUGUUUAUUUUUUCAUUUCAAUUUGAAAAAAAAAAAUUGAAAGUCAUGAUAAAAUAUUCGAAAUUCUUCACCCCUUGGACCGCUUUAUUUUUUAUUAUUUUAAAAGUUUUUGUAGCUUCCGACGUUUCGUCUACGGGAAUAAAAAGACAAGAUGGUGUCAAAUUGACAAAUCGUUUGUUGGAAUCUGUUCAUGGUGUUGGAUUUAUCAUGUGUAUAAGAGAAUGUCAAACGCGGGGGGAUUGCUUCUCCGUGAGCUACAGUAGAUCCCAUCUUAUCUGUGACUUACACCGGAGCAGUGUCCGAAAGGAAAACGACGCCUCAUUGGUGUCUGAGGAUCCGCUUUUCACAUACGUGGACAUGGCAGAUGUUGCUUCUAGCCCGUUGUCCUCUUGCUCUUCAACCGGAAGUUGUGGAUCCUUGGCGACUAAAUGUGUCCAGCUGAGUAGUCAGAAGACGGUGUGUGUGAACCCAGUUCCCAGGCCAUCUAUUAAGACUUCUACACCGCUGUCUGCCUCGAGUAUUGUGCAAAGUACGACUUCGGUAUCAACUGCAACUGAUUCGUCAUCGAUUUCAACAACUCCAAAUUCAUCUUUUUGUCCAGCACCGUUCAUAGAAAGUGACGACGGGAAGUUAUGUAUUUCCAUCAUGCAGAACAAAAUGUCACGUGACAACGCCAAAUCCGAGUGCCAAAAGACAAGCAACUGUUUAUUACUUCGAAUUGAUUCGGAAGAAGCACAGAAUAGUAUUUCAGCUUUCCUGACGAAGCAUAUGAACUCUAAUGUGGGUAACAUGUGGAUUGAUGGAACAUACGAGAAUUCAAAGUGGACACUUUCUUCGGGUGAAAUGGUGUACACAAACUGGAAGUCUAAGAGAUCGCCUAAAGCAGGGGAGGACUGUAUCUUAUUGAUGUCAGACAACUCUAAAUGGGAUCCAACCCUAUGCUCCGCUAAAAAUUCCUUUCUGUGUGAAAUUAAGAUUACAUGAUAGCUAACAUUUUGACCCAAAUUUGUAUGUAUAAUUGUAGUUUCAUCUUUAGUAUGUUGCUACUUACUUUUGGACAAGGUGGAUGGCAAAAUCAGAUAAAAACGGAUAGUUUUUUUUCUAGCCCUACCGGCGCUAAAAUUUUCAAAUCACUCAACUCGGUCCUCAAAUUAAAUCCUUAAAUGAAAAGUGCAUACAUUUUAGGUAAAAACUUAUACUUGAAACUGAGUAUUGACUUGAAGCUGAGUAUUGACUUGAGGCUGAGUAUUGACUUGAGGCUGAGUAUUGACUUGAGGCUGAGUAUUGACUUGAAGCUGAGUAUUGACUUGAGGCUGAGUAUUGACUUGAGGCUGAGUAUUGACUUGAGGAAAGCUGGUGACGGUUGGCGUUAUCCUUUUCCUCAAAAUCCCACGAUGCAAUGACAUUACUCUUAAACCAAUGACGUGAUUUGAAAAAAACAAAACCCUGUACAUUGUGUAUUUAGCCAAAGUGUUUUCAUUGUUAACGAAGAUUGCUUUGUUGAAAAUCAGCAGGAAAUCUGCACUGGGUUUUCAGGAUGAACACAUACUAUUUGUUUGUACAAUUGUUGAACUGUUGAUUUAGAUUAAACUAAUACAUAUUUCUAGUUGUUUACAUUUAAAUACAAAUGAUGCUGCUCUGUUGUGGGAGUCUGGUACUAAAUCAAUAAGCUGACGUGUAUCUAUUGCGUAUUUAUC